AAGUUUUUGCCGCCACACACGCACUCACUUCCUUCCUCUCUCUCUCUCUCUCUCUCUCUCUCCCCGUGCCUUCUGGGUCUGACUGACGGUCCAUUGUCAUGACUUCAAACGCUCCUCAUGUAAUCGUCGACGACGAGGAAGACGACGAUUUCGACUGGGAUGCGGCUGUCAGAGAAAUCGACGCGGCUUGCGAGAGCUCAAGAUCGUCCGCUUCUUCGGACCCAUUUAAAACCCCCCACGUCGCGUUCCCCGCUUUGGAUAAUGCGGAGGUUCCUCGCUUGUUUAGCAAGAAAAGCAAUGGGGUUUCUCGACAAUCGACGCUCGAUAACUUCAUAGGGAGAUCCUUGACGAGAACCGACCCGGACAAUUUGGCGAUUCGGGUUGGGGAGCAAAUCCGGGUCGACUGUAAUGAUGCAGCGAGCUGCGUCGAAAUUGAUCCCGAGGCAGCCAAAACUUGGAUAUACCCAGUGAAUGUGCCACUUCGCGAUUAUCAGUUUUCUAUAGCAAAGACUGCACUUUUUUCGAAUACUUUGGUCGCAUUGCCGACUGGACUUGGGAAGACACUUAUUGCUGCAGUCGUGAUGUUUAACUAUUUCAGAUGGUUCCCCGAAGGGAAAAUAGUCUUCACUGCUCCCUCUCGUCCACUUGUGAUACAACAAAUAGAAGCAUGCCAUAAUAUUGUCGGAAUACCACAGGAAUGGACGAUCGACAUGACUGGCCAGAUGAGCCCUGAUAAAAGAGUUCACUUUUGGAAGAGUAAACGAGUAUUUUUUGUUACUCCUCAAGUGCUAGAGAAAGAUAUUCAAUCUGGCACAUGUUUGGUGAAGUAUCUGGUCUGCCUGGUGAUUGACGAGGCCCAUCGGGCCUCAGGAAACUAUUCGUAUUGUGUUGUCGUUAGAGAGUUGAUAGCCCGACCUGUGCAGCUGAGGAUAUUAGCUUUAACAGCGACACCAGGAUCAAAGCACCAGACCAUUCAGCAUGUAAUUGACAAUUUGAUCAUAUCAACCCUUGAAUAUCGCAACGAAAGCGACCCUGAUGUCAGCCCAUAUGUUCAUGACAGAAAACUAGAGUUGAUUGAGGUAGCUAUGGGCAAAGAAGCUAUCGAGAUAAAUGAUUUGCUUUUGAAGGUCAUCCGCAUCUAUGCAGCUCGUCUUAAUGCAAUGGGCAUACUGCUGAAUCGGGAUUAUCAAGCUUUGAGUCCAUCAGACUUGCUUACUUCAAGGGAUAAAUUUCGUCAAGCACCUCCGCCUGAACUUUCGCAAGUGAAAUAUGGAGAGGUUGAAAGGUUUUUUGGAGCCCUUAUCACUCUUUAUCACAUUCGCAAAUUGCUCUCAAGCCAUGGCAUAAGGCCAGCCUACGAGAUGCUUGAAGAAAAGUUGCACCAGGGGUCUUUUGCGAGCUUGAUGAGUAGAAAUGAAGAUAUUAAUAAAGCGAAACUCUUAAUGCAGCAAAGCUUAUCUCAUGGCGCACCUAAUCCAAAGAUAUCAAAAAUGUUAGAAGUGUUGAUUGACCACUUCAAAAAAAAUGAUCCUCAACAGUCAAGGGUUAUCAUUUUCUCAAACUUUAGGGGAAGUGUCAGGGACAUUAUGGAUGCAUUGUCAAACAUUGGGGAUAUAGUCAAAGCAGCACAAUUUGUUGGUCAAAGUUCAGGAAAAUCACUAAAGGGACAGUCACAAAAGGUUCAGCAGGCUGUUCUGGAGAAAUUUCGAGCUGGUGGAUACAAUGUCAUUGUGGCCACAUCCAUUGGUGAAGAGGGUCUUGAUAUCAUGGAAGUUGAUCUAGUAAUAUGUUUUGAUGCUAAUGUCUCACCUCUACGUAUGGUGCAGCGCAUGGGAAGAACCGGAAGGAAACAUGAUGGACGUGUGGUAGUGUUAGCUUGUGAGGGGUCAGAGCUGAAGGGUUACAGACGAAAGCAAGCUAACAGCAAGGCAGUAAGUAAGCACAUGCGGAAUGGAGGGAUUGCAAGUUUUAAUUUCCAUUUGAGUCCCCGAAUGAUUCCACAUAUUUUCAAACCAGAUGUCCAGUUUGUUGAGCUAUCAAUUGAAAAGUUUGUUCCUCGUGGAAAGAAAGUAAAAGAUGAUGAUGUUGUUGAGAUGCCAAUGUGGAAGAAGAAUUUAACUGUCACGGAAGCUGAUAUCGUUGCCAAGUAUUUCAACAAUUCUGGAAAGAGCUGGAAACCAUCUCUUAUUGCUUUUCCUCACUUCCAGACUUUUCCAUGUAGAGUGCACAUAGUCAUGCAUUCGUGCAGGACAGGUAUGAUGAUUGAUGCGAUGCAACAUUUGCAAGGAGUAGUGUUUUCUAGAGAUAAAGAAGGUCUUCCUGUUGAGGAGAAAGAAUUCUUAGUUGAACAACAUGGAUCUAAGCCGUUAGAACAACACAACAACUGUUGUCAAGAUUUGCUGAACUUUGAUGAUUGUCCUGAUAUAUAUGAGCAAAGGAGUAUGUCAGACACACCUGUGCAGACCUCAGAAAAUGCAGAUCGCAAUUGCUUGUCUACUAUAGCUAGCAAAAGUUCUCCAGUGCACUCUUACCUCUUUAGUGCAGAUUUCGUGUCUGUUGACAAUCUUGGAAAUGUCCUUAUUUUGUCUGUUCCUUCACUUCCUUCCCCAAAAGUCACACAAAGUGAUGACAUAUACCUGAAAUGCCCCAAGAAAGAUUCUGGCCGUUUCUUAGCUGCAGCUCAAAGAUCAGAAGAAGUACGCAUGCCAUUUGGGGAUUCUGUGCAACGAGCUUCUGCUCAGACAAGAUGUCUGAAGAGUGAAGCUCGGGCUGUAUCUACAGUUUUCGACUUUGAAGCUCAGCAAAAUGAACCAACAGUUAUGGACAUGAAGAACACUGAGAUAGAAAACGUGAUUGGAGUAUUGCCAGAUGGAGGAGAUGGUACCAAUGGAACACCAGAUGCCUUAAAAGUCAAAGAGCCAUUUCCUCUAGCCAGUGCAUGUAACGAUGAUGAGGAAGAUGCAGAACUCAGUCCCCGACUUACGAACUACAUGGAAAGUGGAGUUGUUCCUGAAUCUCCUAUUAAUGGAGAAUCAAAUGGUAAAGACAAAAGUGCCUUUGUCAUCCCAGAUCUUGUUUUGCCUCCCAUUUGCAGCAACCACCUCUUUAUGUCGUCAAGUCAGGGGAAAAAGAGGGAACUUAUAAAAGAAUUUGAUUCAUGCAGAGGAAUUGUUUCUGGUUCCCCUACAUAUAACAGAAUACAAACUCCCUUAGCAAACAUUAAGGAUGGUUCCAACAAAAGUAAAUGUGGCCAUGCUUCUCCAGACAAUCAGAUGACACCGGAAAAUGAUAUCACCAGCGGCCAUAGUAAGAAUUGGUGUCUGACUCCCAAUAAUAAUUCAAACAGUGUGAAAGGUAGAAAGAAGCUCAGAAGGCUGCGAAGAGUUGGAGACUGUGUACGUAGGCGGGGCCUGAAUCACAAAGAUAAUGACAUUGUCCCCAUUGUGGAAUCUGAUCGAUCUUUUCCUGGGGCCAGUACAUUUCAAAAUCAAAAUAACUAUAACCAGGGUGAAAAGAAGACAACCAACAAUGGCAGAGCCUACAUUGAAGAGGAAGCUGAGGUAUCUUCUGGAGCUGAAGCAUCUGAGGAUGAAGAAGAUGACCUUGACGGAGAUACAUAUGAGGAUAGCUUCAUAGAUGACGGGACAAAUCCGACAGCAGCAAGUACUCAAGAUAUUACUUGUACGGUUGAUAUGAUGGCAGUGUACAGGCGUUCUUUGCUAAGUCAGUCACCAAAUGGAUGGCGGAUGAGUGAAAGCACAAGUUCUUCAGGAAAGAAUCUGCACUCUCUAUAUGCACCCGGCAGCAGACUGAAAAAUCAGUCUGAAGGCGGAAGUGCUGAAAGCUUGUCGGAAGGCCAUGAGAGAAUCCCGAAAAGGAGGCCUUCUAUGGCAAGUAUUUCCACAACAGAUGGGGGGAGUGAUGUGGAAAGAUUGAAGAGGAAAUCGAGGUUCCAUGAUCCGGAUUCUGUUCCCGCAAUCAACCUGGAGAGAGAAUUCCUUUCUCAGGGAGAUUCUGGAAAUGAAGAACCGGUCCAUCAGAACCAGGCUAAUGGAGUUCCUGCCGAUUUCGACCUCUUCUCUGAUGAUCACUUCUACGAGGGUGUCGAUCUCGACGCCCUAGAAGCUCAAGCCACAUUGCUUCUCCAACGCAGUUCUGAGUGCUCGAAGGAGAAGAAAGAGACGAUUCCAAAGCCAAGUGUUGACCAUGCCGGCUCUCCAACCUUCGAUCUCGGAAUAUGAAACUACACCAGAAGAUUACAAAGAACCUACAUGUAUGGCAACAUUUUUCAUGCGAAACAUCAUACGGGUCCGCAGCUGCAUUGCACAAUAGUGAGUCAGAUGGCUUCUACAAGAUUUAUACAGAGGCGCCUCUCCAGCAUCAGGUUGUCCCAGCCAGUCUUUCUCAGGUUGUAUUUGUGUAUGAGAAGUCUUAAUGUAAAUUAUCUUAGAAACACACUUGGUACAUCCCGAUGUUAAAGACUAGAAAUAAAAAAACACAGCAUUCGGUAAAUGUAAUGGUAUGAGCAAGGACGCACCAUGCACUCUGCUUCUGUAAUUUAAGCAAAA